CGCCUUACGAGGGCGACGUUCCGGACGCCUCCCGCUUCGGGAUGAAUUAGCGGCGGGUUCGCCCGGAGGUUGUGACCCUCGCGGAUUCCCCAGCUCGCGCACGCGCCGCCUGCGGUGUCGCGCGUCACCCCCCGCCCCGGCUGGUCACAGAAUCAUGGUGUCAUGGAAAGGGAUUUACUUCAUACUCACUCUGUUUUGGGGAAGCUUUUUUGGAAGCAUUUUCAUGCUGGGUCCCUUUUUACCUUUGAUGCUUGUAAGUCCAUCCUGGUAUCGCUGGAUCAACAACCGCCUUGUGGCAACCUGGCUCACACUUCCAGUGGCAUUGCUGGAAACCUUAUUUGGUGUAAAAGUGAUUAUAACAGGUGAUGCAUUUGUUCCUGGAGAAAGAAGUGUUAUUAUCAUGAAUCAUCGGACAAGAAUGGACUGGAUGUUCCUGUGGAAUUGUUUGAUGAGAUACAGCUACCUCAGGUUGGAGAAGGUGUGCCUCAAAGCCAGUCUCAAAAGUGUUCCUGGAUUCGGUUGGGCCAUGCAAGCUGCUGCCUAUAUCUUCAUUCAUAGGAAAUGGAAGGAUGACAAGAGCCAUUUUGAAGACAUGCUUGAUUAUUUUUGUGAUAUCCGUGAACCACUUCAACUCCUCAUAUUCCCAGAAGGGACUGAUCUCACAGAAAACAGCAAGGCUCGAAGUAAUGAUUUUGCUGAAAAGAAUGGACUUCAGAAAUAUGAAUAUGUCUUACAUCCAAGAACUACAGGCUUUACUUUUGUAGUAGACCGUUUAAGAGAAGGGAAGAACCUCGACGCUGUCCACGACAUCACGGUGGCGUACCCUCACAACAUCCCGCAGACGGAGAAGCACCUCCUGCAGGGGGACUUCCCCAGAGAGAUCCACUUCCACGUGCACCGCUACCCAGUGGACACCCUGCCCGCGUCCAAGGAGGACCUGCAGCUCUGGUGCCACAAGCGGUGGGAGGAGAAGGAGGAGAGGCUGCGCUCCUUCUACCGAGGGCAGAAGGACUUCUGCUUCACCGGGCAGCCUGUCAUCCCUCCGUGCAAGUCUGAGCUCAGGGUCCUCGUGGUCAAAUUUCUCUCUAUACUCUAUUGGACCCUGUUCAGCCCUGCCAUGUGCCUACUCAUAUAUUUGUACAGUCUUGUUCGGUGGUAUUUUAUAAUCACCAUUGUCAUCUUUGUACUGCAAGAGAGAAUAUUUGGUGGGCUGGAGAUCAUGGAACUUGCAUGCUACCGAUUUUUACACAAACAGUCACAUUCAAAUGCAAAGAAAGAAGAGUAAGAUUAUAAGGUCCACAGUGUGACAACCUAGGAAAUAUUUGGGAAAUGUAAGCCUUUGUAACUGAGAUGCGUUUUUGCAUGGCUAGGUCGAAUAUUUCCUACUACCAUCAUUAUUUGUUAAAGGUACUUUGCACUUAGUUUUGUGGAAAAAUAUUGCCACACACGAAUUUUUUUUUAAAUCUCUGAAUGUAAUUUCAACAUGCAUAGCAGGGAGCAAUUGCUGUGAAUUAACUCGGGCCAGAGUAUUCUUAAACAAUCAUCAAGCUGUUCACAGACAAGGUGCACACAAGGUUUUCUCAAAGGCUCAAUCCCAUUUUCUAACGAACUGCGUACGAGAGGCAGACCUGGAGCCUGCGAGCACUGGCCCGGCUCAGCUGCUGGCACUUCCUCCUGGCCCCUCCCUCCCAACUCCUUUCUGUGCCAAUCAAACCACUGCUUCCUUCCUUCAGACCAGAAAACAGAAAACUCUUGUCCUUUAACUGACCAAACAUUUUGAUAGAAGCCCUUCAUUAUUCAUAAGAGACCGCGGCGGUUAGCCUUGCGCCGACCUGGGCAUCAGAAGACCACCUGUGCCCUUUUCUCCUGUGGAGAACAAGCCCUGGGCUGUCUCAGGGCAACGGCAGGCUCUCCUCUUAGAAACCUUCAUUUACUUUUUAAUGGUAGGAACUGAUCCAGUUUAGUUCCUCACUUCUACUUAAUCACGCAUGCUUAGUGCUGGGUUCUCUACAGCGUGUCAGCAGGUGUAGCCUCUUGUGUGUUAAAAACAGUAAAAUCACUUUUUUAAAGGCAAGUGUAGACCGUUCCGUUGCUGCAGUCAGAAACUCUCCUUUGAAGUUGUCUCUUUUGAAAUAUUUCUCCAAAACCUGCCUACAAAAGGAAGGUUAGUGUAUUUUCUACAUGCGCACGGGUCUCUUUUUCCAUUAAAAUAACAACAAAACCCUUGCAGACAAGGCAGUAAUGGUUUAUUCUAAAUUACUGAACCCUUGUAGCCUUGACAAGCUCUCUUAAAACCAAAUAAUACAAAAAUGAAUCCUUUUUAUUUAUUUUUUAGUAACAAGGGAGGGAUCUCAUUUUUACUCCUAGGCUUCCUCUUUCAAUAGUAAAAUGUAAACCCAGUUUUGACCAGUUGUUCACCUAAAUAUUCUAGUCAUUUGGAGUCAGUGGAAAACCCAGUGAACCAGCAGCACCAGCCUCCUGAGGCAUGAAAAGCACAUGGUGGUGUUUCCCCUUGACUGAAGCCGCCACUGCUUUUUUGUUACAUAAUGAGGAUGCUCCUUAGAGCAGCAGAAAAUCGGAGGCAAUUUAAAGGCUUGAGCUGUUAGCAAACCUGUCAGCUUUACUCCUGCCUCGAACCAGCCUCAAAAGCUGUGUAUUGCUCCAUGUACUCUCUUGGCAUGAAUGCCUUCCCCUUACUUCCAUCUCAUUUCUGCUCGACGGUGACUUCUACCAACAGUUGAAACAUGAGGUACGCACAUCGUGAGCUGAACUUACCGAGCGGUUUCUUUGAGAAAGUCCUGUCUGCGCAGAGCACUGGACACCCGUCCUCACUGGGGAGGACUAGCUAGGGCCUCCGCUGACGCACCAGCCAUCUGUAACGGCCCUCGAGGCUGCUAAACCGCCAGGAGCGCCUCAUCAGUUAUCGUGUGCAUCUGCUGCAAGCCCAGCUGCGUGUCGUUUUUAGGGUAUUUUUAUUUUAUUUUAAUAUUUUUCCUAAUAAAGGAGGUUUCUAAUUUAGGUUUCUCUCAGGCUUCCUUUGGUUAUAUUUGGAAACACACAACUAGUCUUAACAACCAGGAUGGCGACUGUCCUGGGCGUAGGGGAGAGGUGCUCACACUGCAGCCCCUCUUCCAGCCUCACCGCUCGCUGCUCCCGGGCACGGCCUGAACGCUGCACCGGUGGGAGGGAAGUCCUUUCCUUCCUCUGUUAAUGUUUUUUCUCAAAAAAAUAACACGUUUAAGAUAAAAUGCAAAUUUUUUUUAACCUGCCCAAAAUUCAUAAGCACUAAAACUGAGGUAUAGAGACUCUGUACUUCAAAAAAAAAGAGUUGCUUAUUUAUGUUUUCCAACACACUUGUAUUUUCUCUUA